AUCCUUUCAGCCUCAUCCUCCAGCCCACCUUCACUUACAACCUCAUCCCUCGGUCGCCCUACAAUGCGCCCUUCUCAUAUCUCACAUCGUCUUUCAUCUCUUUCCCGUCUAGCUUCGACGAUGGCUCAACCGCAAUUCUCUGCUGGCACUGAUGCUGCGAGCGUCACGCCUGCGCUUAAAGCACUCACUUCCGAGGGUGGACGAUGGACACUUACCAAGGAUGGUGCUGCCUUAGAGAGACAGUUCAAGUUUAAGACAUUUGCAAAGACAUGGGAUUUCAUGACAGGAGUAUCUCUACAAUGCAAAAUCAAGAACCACCAUCCCGAAUGGUCCAAUGUUUAUAACACAACCUUCGUCCGCUGGACAACCCAUAAUCCAGCUGGACUCUCGGACAAGGACAUAAGCAUGGCUGCCGAAUGUGAUGCUCUCGCAAAACAACUAGGUGAGCUACCUCCGGAGCCGACCGCCCCAGUUGCGGCCGAAACGGAAGACCAGAGCUGUGCUAUUCGCGGGUUGGCGGACCGCGCAGCUGGGGCAGCAGGAGACUGCUGUACCCCCAAGAGGAAAUAGAGAGGGUACGGCUGAUCUGAAAUGAUGCGAAAUGAAUUCAUCCGGGGCAGAAUUCGGCCAGUUCUUCCAAUUACGCAUCCAGCUUGUUAGAAACGUAUCUACGAGCCCAUGUGGCUGCGUGUAUCAUCAUGAUAAACUCCGACAACUGCGCCACUACGUCACUGCGAUCAUGACCAGGUGUCAUGUCAUACAUAUAGAUGGUUACCGGUCAUGGUAUGGUUGAAAGUCAACGAACGAUGCUGAUAAUUAAAUAUGUCUAAAGCCUCUCCGGGGCAAGUUUCUAUAUACAAGCGUAAAAAGUCGUUCUUGGUAAACAUCCCCAACGCCAUGCGAAUGCUCG